AUUACUUUUACCUCGCGCCAGCCAGAUCGAAAAACUUGAUUGCGAGCCGAGUAAGCUCGUAGGAGGGUUCUCAAGAUGGUGAAUCCCGGGAAGCGUAUGAACAUAUUGCAACAAUUACUAUCAUUACGUCAAGGUCCAGGUGCAGCGAUACUACCGCCCGAGAUCACGCGGAUACAUCUACAUUUCGCCAAAAGAUGGAAUAAUGGUCACAUGGGGCCUAGGAGAUUCUGGAGAGAAUGUCUACCCCGCCUCAAAUUCUGGAACCCAGCAGUCCCAAUGCUCGUCAAUCGAACAGACGACAAUUCGUCACCAGCCAAAAUGUCCAUCUACUUCCGACAAGAAGCGCUGGAUUCCAAUAAACCCUCCACGCUCAUCAGCAAGUUCAACUCCCUACCUCUCGCGCAGCAGGCGCACUCGAGCAUAAAGAAUGAGUAUCCAGCGCCAGAGCCCGAGGAGGGCGAACGCGUGGUCACGAUCGAUAUGAGACAGGUACAUUCGGAGACCAUCCUCAAGGAAUUCAUGGCCAAGACCGGCGCCACGAUAGUGGAGCCUACCUUCGACGAGUUAGCAGAGAUGACCAACAUAAAGCAGCGUGAACAGAAGGCUGCUCUCGACCGUGCCGUCAUGAGGAAGUACAUCGACGACAGAAAGCGCGAGGAGCGCAUGCUGGCUAUAGCCCGACAAGAGGCUGAGGCCAUUAGGCUAGCUAACCAGUAAAAGUAAGUUCCACACUAUCAAGUUCCGAAUUUCUACUAUUCCGGUCCAGACAGGAAGGGCCGGGAUAAGGAAAUGCCUUUUUCUGGAUUGGAUGGAUUGAGAUAAAAAAAAAUGAAGAGGGUGAGGUGAUAUUAAGGACGGGGCCGGGGCCGGGACAUGAGCGACGACGAAUUAUUGGAAUGAAACGAAACGAACCUCACCUCUUCGCGUCCGAAUCGUCGCGCUAUUUGUACCAAGACGUGUAUCAUACGAAGACUCAAGGCGUAUAAAACUAGAGGGGUAUGUACAUGAAGAAAGGAAGUAUAUACAAGGCCUUCCACGAAGGACGGUGCCCACGACAGGAGACCUAAACGCUACCUAAGGUAUUGAAUGAAAAAAAGCAAUUCCAAUCAACGAAGGGGAGCAUCAAGCUCUCCCUCUCGUCUUCCCUCCCCCCUUUUGUGACCAUUAUCCCCUCAAAAUUCCUACCCCGACCUUUCGUCACACGGAGAACACCUUGCAUACACU